AACACAACAAGGAAGACACUUGAGUGACUAGAAGAGCAUUCAGGCUGUUUUAAAGGGGCAUUUUAGCAACAGAACACACUCUUCAGUGACUACAGGGACACUUGAACUAACCACAGGGGCAUUUAAGAGACAAGAAGGGACUUUCUUCUUCUUCUUCUUCUUCUUCGGUGAACUCGAGGAGGAUUAGGCCACCUGGACCUCACAUGUUGCAGGACAUGCUGUCCCUGUAUGUGUGCGCCUCUGUCGCGACUUUAAAACUGUGUCAGACACAAAGCCAUGUCAGGAAGGACAUUUUAUGCAGUGCAGUCAGAGCCACCUAAAGCCAACGGAGCGCAGCGGUGCAGCAGUAGUGCUGGCUGCCGGCUCGGGGCUGCUCACCGUCGGCUAGACUCGCAUCGCAUCACACCUCCAGCCUGCGGGGACACGAAGCCUGUAAUGUGUGUAUGCAUGCUUCUCUACGGUGAGAGGUUGUACGCUUUCAGAGAGAGUGGGAGGGCUUUUCUGUGUUUUCGCUGGUUUGAAACAUAGGAAGAAAACAGCGAGCAGCCGCGACGCCCACUAAACCAGGCGAAGCGCGCAGCAACAAUUUCGCAGCCGCCGCUGCUCCGAUUACAUCCACGGAGGAGCUGAGGAGAGCAGACACGCACAGACACGCACAGACAGACGGGGGAGGACUGCUGCUGUUAUCCUCCAGAGGAACUAACAAAAGGCUUCCUAUCUGCCGUGCUCGGUAGAAGAUUCUGCUUUUCAUUAGCGGUGUAGCUCUAAAGCGUGCACAGAAGGUUGUGGCGGAUCUUCGCUUGAACAGACUCUCAGAUGGAUGAUCAUGUUGCCACCAAAGAGCUGUGACAUCACUGUGAGGUUGUGGACGUUGGUGGACGGUGUACUUCUUUAACUUCACUGGGAGUUGUGCAAACUUUCUACUUGACCACUUUGACGUACCUUCUCUAAAAUAAUCGCUGUUGUCUGCCAGUGACAAUAUUAAGGACCACCUAUCCAUCUUUUUAAAAAUGGAAACUCUUUCCCAAGAUUCCAUUCUGGAGUGCCAGAUCUGCUUUAACUACUACAGCCCCCGCCGGCGGCCUAAACUCCUGGAUUGCCGACACACGUGCUGCUCAGUGUGUUUGACCCAGAUGCGCAGCAGCCAGAAGGAGAUUCGUUGUCCCUGGUGCCGUGGCGUCACCAAACUCCCGCCGGGCUUGUCUGUCUCCCAGCUCCCGGAUGACCCAGACAUCAUCACUGUCAUCGCCAUCCCUCACGCCUCUGAGCACACGCCCGUCUUCAUCCGCCUCCCAAGCAAUGGCUGCUACAUGCUGCCACUGUCCAUCUCCAAGGAGCGGGCGCUGGGCCUGUCGGGGGAGCUGGGAUGUCGUUUCCUGCCUGGCAGCCAGCAGAAGGGGAUGACGGUGGUGACCAUGCCCGAGCAGCAGCCUCUGGGCCUGGCUAUGGGUCUGGAGGGUUUGGAGAUGGGGCUGGAGGGAGGCGAGGGCGAGAGGAGAGUUACCGGCCAGGUGGGAGGAGGAAAGGGCUCCACGUGGUCCGGCGUGUGCACGGUGAUCUUGGUGGCGUGCGUGUUACUCUUCCUCCUGGGAAUUGUGCUGCACAACAUGUCCUGCAUCUCCAAACGCUUCACUGUCAUCUCCUGCGGCUGAGGGCGGAGGGAGGCUGCUCAGACUUCCGUGGACCCCCCUGGAUUACCCCACUAGCCCUGCCUCCUCAGAAUGAGGGAGGAGAAGGGACUAAACUCACAUCAGGGGCAUCCAAGGAAACUACAGAUCCAAGAGGGAGAAACUGAUGAAGAAGAAGAGGGGAUGGAGGAAAUCCACGAAUGGUCUUCUAUUGUUUCCCUUUUUUCUUUUCUUUUUGGGAGACUGAAAUUAAAAUGGAACUACAGAUGCAAACCUUCACUUUCCUCUUGCUGGCACUGAAACUCUCGUCCUUUUCCUGCCCUUCCAUUUUGUCUGAAAGAAUGCUUUGGGAAUGUUUUUGGCCAGCUGAUAUGUUUUUGGCUAGGGGCCAAUCUGACACUCACAGCCAUUGGAUUGCCUGUUUAGUCUGUGGUUUGUAGAAGUACAUCAGUUAUCAUAGUGUUGUUUAGCUGAGUGUAGGUUCCAAGCGGUGUCUCCAGCUGGUGCUGCAGUACAAAGAGUUCGGACUUGGCUGCUGCUGUCCGUCCUCUGAUGCUGCAGGAAUUAACUGUGCAGGAUCCACGUCUGGCCCCGUCUGAAUCAUCUGGAAAACUCAAAAUCAACGCAGCUUCUCUUUUUUUCCCCCCUUUCAUACCAUCUGUUCCUGUUCAGAACAAACUGUUGCUAUUAAGGCUCCAUGCAGUUAGUAAAAGGAUUGUUGUUAAAAAAGGACAACAUAUGGAUUGUAUUCAGUUGCUUUAUUAAGUCUUAAAAGGUUGAAUUAGUGCUGAAACGACUUGGCAUUGAAGAAAUGUGUUCGUUAAUGAUUUAAUUGUUCAACAUUAAUCUAGCAAAAAAUUAAAAACAUUUGUUGUUUUCAGCUUGUUUUCGCAGGUUUUUUCUUUUUUGAUAUUAUUGAAAAUGCAAUGAGUUUUGGACAGUUUACAGUUUUGAAUAUGGUGGGAAAAUGUUGUGUUGCAAUACUGUGUUUAGAACUGAAUGGAAGAAAAAGGUUUUGAAUAGUUUGACAUUUUGUGAAAUACACGUAUUUGCUUUCUGUUCGAGAGUUGAAUAAGAAGAUUGAUACCGCUCUCAUGUCUGUGCGUUACGUAGCCUAUGCUCCAGAGCCAGGAGGCAAUUAGCUUAGCCUAGCAUUAGCUGGAAGCAGGGGUAACAGCUCGCAUGGCUUUCUUCUAUGUAAAUAGUUUGACACUUGAUCAGCACCUUUAAAGCCGACUAAUUAAGAUGUUGUAUCUCGUUGUUUAGUCUGUACACAAACAGAAAUGUAAUGUUGUGUUAGGUGUUAUAUAUUAAGUUACAGCACAUAACUCCCCAUCAAACCACGAUGUUACAUUUUUGUACCGUUUGAAUAAACGAGAUUAAACAUGUUGCCA